AUGCCGUCCACUUCCGCGGCCCUGACGCCUGGAUUGGCGUCGUUCCUCAAGUCCUUGAAGACGAAUCCAAUUGAUACAUCGAUUGACGAUCUGAUCUCGCUUCUGAAACGCAGACAGAUUCGCCAUUCCAGAUCAUGCGCGACCGCGACCGCCUACCUUCUGCGCAGUGUUAUUUCGGCCACUCGGACUUCGGAUGCGAACAAGAUGAUUGAGCGGGUCCAGCAUGUGGGAAGGCGCGUGAUGGCUGCCCAGCCUAGGGAGAUGGUGGUCGGAAACAUUGUCAGACGUGUGCUCGGAUUGAUCCGUGAUGAAGCGGAAGACGACAGAGAGGCCGACUUCACUCUGAGUGAAGCGGGCUCUGAAAGCCAGCCUCAGACCCCUCGUGCCUUGGAUGACCCCUCCGAAGUUCUCUCUUCCCGCCAUGAAGGCUCCGACCGGUCAUCCUCCAGACAGCCUUUUACUUCGCUGUCGGCCACGCCCAUUUCCAUGUUCAGUCUCCUCUCACACCCAGAGCCUGAGUCGUCUCUUCCUGGCACUCCGGCCUCCGCGUCUCCGUCCGGCCGCCUACUUGGCCAAAGCCACAACAAAGACAUCCGUGCCGAAGUUCUCGACGGUAUCAACGAGAUUAUCGAUGAGUUGGGCCAGGUGGACGACCAGAUUGCGGCCUAUGCCUUGGAACACAUUCACUCCAACGAAAUCAUCCUCACACACACAUCCUCGACUACCGUCCAGAAGUUCUUGCUCAAGGCUGCGGCCAAGCGCAAGUUCACCGUGAUUCAUGCCGAAUCUUAUCCUAACAACCAUGAAGCGACCCAUGCCACCGUCAGCGGACAGGCUCCUAAGGACGACGACAUCCUGAGCACCGAGGCUUUCCAGAAACCUUUGAUUGCUCUGGGCAUCACUGUUAUCCUCAUCCCCGACUCCGCAGUUUUCGCGCUCAUGUCCCGUGUCAACAAGGUCAUCUUGGGCACACACUCGGUCCUUGCCAACGGUGGGUUGGUCGCUGCGGCAGGCACGCGAGUCAUCGCUCGCGCGGCCAAGGUGCACCAGACUCCCGUGGUCGUUGUGAGCGGUGUCUACAAGCUCAGCCCUGUCUACCCGUUCGACUUCGACUCGCUGAUCGAGUAUGGCGAUGUCAGCAAGGUUAUUGGGUACGAAGAUGGUGACCUAGUAGACCAAAUUGACGUUCAGAACCCGCUCUACGACUAUGUCCCCGCGGAACUGGUCGACCUUUACAUCACUAACCUGGGAGGCCAUGCGCCAUCUUACCUUUACCGUAUUGUCUCGGACCACUACCGCAAGGAGGAUAUCAACGUCUAA